ACGUUGCCUUGGUGGUAUAUAUCACUUGUCAUUCUAGCUGCAUCAGCUUGACUUCAUCUGCCUGUUAACUUCCGUCAUUUUUUCUGCAAUAAACCUAUUUUCAUGGUCGUGGAAAGACAAGUCCGGCGAGCGGCAUUUGGUUAUUAUUAAGGGAAUACUACGACAUGCCGUUCUUUAGUACACCUAUCGCCAUUCUCUUUGAAUGAGAUCGGAGAUGUCUUAAAACUUGCUUUUAGUUCUUUUUCAGUUGAUAGCUAGGGAGUUGAUUUCUUUGCAUCCACAAUCUAUGAGCAAAUCUUGGAAAUAUGCUCCUCUCCCGUUUCUCUCGAACCGUAAUAAAUUCAAUUUAGAAAGUAUCAAAUGCCAAGAUCAUUUCAAUCAAAUUCUAUCUCAUGCCAUCGUUUCGGGUCUCUUCUCAGACCCAUUCAUAUCAAGCAAACUCCUCUUCUAUUCUCUUUCUAAAACCCAUGAUCUCUCCUUCUCUCACUCCCUCUUUUCUCAAAUCCAAAACCCAAAUAUCUUUGCCUAUAACUUCAUGUUCAAAGCCUACUCUCACAGCUCAACUCCUGUAGAAGCCAUCACUCUUUACAAUUUAAUGCUAAAAAAUGGAACUUUCCCUGAUAAUUAUACUUUCCCAUUCAUUUUUAAGGUAUGUGGGCGUCUUUUGGCUCUGAAUAAAGGUCAAGAAGUUCACGCUUUGAGCCUUAAACUGGGGCUUGAAUAUGAUGUGUUUGUGCAAAAUGCUUUGGUUUCAAUGUAUUCUUUUUGUGGUAAACUUAAAAUAGCACGUAGAGUUUUUGAUGAAGUUCCAAUUUUUGUUAGAGAUGUGGUUUCUUGGAAUAGUAUGAUUUCUGGGUAUGUACAGUGUGAUUGUUAUGGGGAAGCAUUAAAGUUAUUUGGUGAAUUGAUAGGUGAUAAUUGUGUGACGUUUGAUGAGGUUACGUUGAUUAAUGCACUCACUGCUUGUGGAAGGCUGGGAUUUCUUGAUUUAGGGAGAGAAACUCAUGCAUUGAUUAUAGUAAAUAGGUUUGUUUUAGAUGUGUUUUUGGGUUCUUCUUUGAUUGACAUGUAUGCAAAAUGUGGGCAAACGGAGGAUGCCAGGAAGGUAUUUGACAAAAUUCCUGAAAGAAAUCUAGUUUGUUGGACUUCUAUCAUAGUAGGUUAUGCGAGGUUGGAUAUGUUUAAGAAAGCAAUUCAGUUAUUCAGGGAGAUGCAACUUUCUGGAGUAAUUGCAGAUGCUGCAUUGGUUGCUUCUGUUAUUUCUGCAUGUGGACAUAUGGGAGCUCUGGAUCUGGGAAAAUGGGUGCAUAAUUACGCUGAAAGGAAUGACAUUGACAUGAACCUCUCUGUCAGGAAUGCUUUGAUUGAUAUGUAUUCAAAAUGUGGAGAUAUUGAAAAGGCUCGCCAAAUUUUCAAUGACAUGAUCAAAAGAGAUGUAUUUUCAUGGACUGCAAUGAUUUCUGGUUUAGCCAUGAAUGGGAACUGCAUUGAAGCAUUGGACCUGUUUGAACAUAUGGAAACAUCAGGCAAUGUUAAGCCAAAUGAAGUCACAUACCUUGGUGUGUUGUCUGCUUGUAGUCAUGGUGGUUUUGUUGAUCAAGGUUUUCAAUAUUUCAAAGCUAUGAGCGCAACUCAUCAUCUUACCCCUCGGAUUGAACACUAUGGGUGUAUAAUUGAUCUUCUUGGCCGUGCUAACUUAAUCAUAGAGGCUAAAAAGUUUAUUAGGGAAAUGCCUAUUCAACCUGAUAUUGUUAUCUGGCGAUCCCUGCUCUUUGCUUGCAGGAGCCAUGGGAAUAUAGAAUCAGCAGAGGUUGCAAUCAACAAAAUUGAGGAAUUGGAGCCAAGAAGGUCUGAGGCACAUGUUCUACUAUCCCAUGUUUAUGCUUUAGCUUCAAGGUGGGGUGAUAUGAACAUAGUAAGGAAGCGUAUGGCUCGUCAAAAGACAAAUAAGCAACCCGGUUGCUCCUUUGUUGAAAUAAAUGGUUUUGUUCACGAAUUCUUUGCUGAAGAUGGAUCAAAUAGUCAAAUAGACGUCAUAAACAACACAAUUAUGCAAAUUCAUAAAGUUUUAACAUCUGAAGGACUUUACACAGAUGUCUUGGAUUAUCAGCUGCAACAAUGAAAUUUAAAGCAUUUAGAAUUUUCUAUUCUGGUUGCCUGAACUGCUAUAGGCAUUGUUGAUGGUGCUUUUAAAAUUGGAUGCUUCAGUUGGGUAAAGAAAAAUAUGCUCUUCAUUAGUGUAAAAAAGUUUACACCAGUGUAUAGGAAAAUCUUGCAGAGUUUUUUACUA